AAAAACAAAAACAAAUGAUCUAUCUCCAAAACAAGAGAAGACUUGAUACCAGACCAUCGUCUACAUGGAAGGAGGGUCGCCACACUCGGUUGAAGCGACGGUUCACUUGGUCGUCCAUCGACGGGGGGCAACACAGCUGAACGGUGCUUUCAAGUUGAGGAGCUUGAAAUGCUGCGUGGUACUCCUUACGGUCGGAACAGUUAUUUCAACGAGCUACAUCGCUCUAGGCCUACUGCCACCCGGCCGGCCGAAGAAUUGGUAUGAUGGAAACGUUGGUCUCCAUGAUGUGGAUGAAAAUGCUGUCAUUGAAGAGAAGCGACAUGAACUGACGACACCGUUCCAGUCCCGUUCCGAUGCUGGCAUCACAAAUCAUCGCAAAAACAUCACGAAGAAAUAUAAGGAUGGCAGUAGAUCGCAAGUUAGGUCCUUGAUGAGACGCCAUCAUCUGGCGCUGAGACCUGGGGAGCAGACUCACUCAAAGCCUCGUGCAAUCUCACGACAACAAAGCCAGCUGCGAUACCAGGACCAAUGGGAUUACCUGAAGGUGAACACCAGUGCCAACAAACCACUUGUUUACUCGAGGAGUGAGACCGAGGCUGUCCAAGCGGAGCGCCAGAGGCACCUGGAACAAGUCUGCCGAGACGUCCUGCACAUCCCGGCAUUGAACCUGCACACGAGGCCGCUACUGGACCCAGCGACGUUUAAGUGGUUGCUAGGGAACACCUACAUCAACGACGAUUACAACUUGACCGUGACGAUUAUCCGCAAGGUUGGUUCGUCCAACUGGAGGCGGUUCAUGACAGAUUUGUUCAGGAUCAGCAGCAAGGGUUUCCAAAGAAAUUGGGAAGCACUCAAACCAUUGCGCAAGCGGCCCUCAAGCGACAUAACGCACCAACUGCAGCGCAACACGAAGGUCCUGUUUGUCCGCAACCCGUUGUUGCGCCUGUUGUCCGGAUUCCGAGACAAGUACGUCAAACUGCCCACCAACUGGAACAUCAAGACGGCCAACAAGAUUAUACUGCAUCUCCGGGGCAGGAAAGCCCCGAAACCUGCCGUGCCGGACCUGACCUUUACGGAGUUCUUAAGGUACCUCCUGGAAGAGAAAUCUGGCCUGAUUGGCGACGAGCAUUUCUCGCCCAUCUUCCAGCUGUCCCAGCCUUGUCAGGUGCGCUACGACUUCAUCGGUAAACUGGAGACUCUUCCGAGCGACACGGCCUACUUGAUCGACAAGCUUGGUGUCGGAGGUCGGGUAGAGUACGGUUAUCCAAAGCCCUACAGCGGCAGCGCCAACACCACUCGACUGGUGGAAUACUUCUCACAAGUGCCACCAAAACUUAUCAAGGAAAUUUGCAAAGUCUAUCAAGAAGACUUUUUAGCCUUUGAUUACCCAAUACCUAGCGACUUCUCCGACCUACAGUCAUACAUGGAAAGAAUAGCUUAGUUUUUCCCAAUUCUUAACAUUUUUAAGGCUUGUUUUUAAAAGCUGGUUUGAAAUACGAUCGAUAUAAUUUUCUAUAUCUGUAGUGAUCUCGAUGAAGAGUUGGGCUCGGGAUUACUUCCUUAAUGCGUGUGCCCUUACCAGUCAAUGUGUUGGCAAAGAAUGUACCUCGUAAGUAGCAGAAUUCCUUCCUUUCAGGGUGGUUUAGUCCCAGGGUUAUUGAGCAGAUCUUCACAUGGCGGCCAUCUCGAGAGUGAAAAAGUCCCACGAAACCCACACACCGAGUGAACGCUUGUUCACAAUUCUUCCACCAACCCACACACACAAGAGUAAUAACUGCAGUGUACUGCCACAUAAUAUCAGCGCGACUGAAGUAUUCUAGCAACAUUCAUGUACGUUAUAUAACAACUGCACUUGCAAAUGAGUUUUAUCAUUCCUGCUACAAACUAUUUAAAGCCUCUUAGAGGGAAAUCAUUCAUACAUAAUAAGGUACUUAUUUUAUUAAUAAGGCUUCAUGUUUCAUUUAGUUAAUUUCUUUAUGCUAGAAAUUAACAUACAUGUCGUGUAAAAAUAUGCAGUAUGAAUAAACAACAUUUCUUAAGUAUCGAAA